UUGCCAGGAAACUUUCUCCUAUCCCUUUUUCUUCCUUUUCGCCGUCGCACACCAGAGCUUGUUGUGCUUCUUGGAGGUAAAGGCGGGAAAAGUGUGGCAAACAGCUUGCAGCAAGGUCUGGACCUGUUUUUGAAUUUGCUCCCACGAAAUAGAACAAAAUCCUCGGAGCAGACAUGUGGACGCCGGAGAUGCGGAGCGCAGCUGCGGAGGCAGCAAGAGAGGUGCUGGAGGGCGUUGAUCCUAUCAGGGCAGUGGCGACGUUGGCGGUGUGCUACGCGGUGUUGAAGCUGGUGCACCUUGUCGUGACAGCCCCGGCGAUCCCAACAUCGGUGUGGGUGCCCCUUGAACCAGCUGAAUCUGCGGCGGAAGGUCUUUCGGGGCCGUCUUGCAAAGGGAUGCAACUCAAGGAUCCUGAGCGGCCAGGCUUCAUCCAGUGCUUCGACCCUUGUACCCUCCAGCGCUUGGGGGAGGUUAAGGCCAUGGAUGCAGCUGAUGUGGAAGAUGUAGUACGACGUGCACGCGUUGCCCAGGAGGAGUGGGCUCUGACGACCUUUGCUGAGAGAAGGCGGGUUCUCGCAUGCCUGCAGAGGUACAUUCUUGACAACCAAGACGACAUUGCCAGAGUGGCGUCGAGGGAUUCGGGAAAGCCAGUGGUGGACGCAUUGCUGGCGGAAGUGAUGAUCACUUGCGAGAAGAUCAGGUGCAUUUCCAGCAACGGGGAGGGGUGGCUUGCCAGGGAGACCAGACCCACGGGCCCCCUGGUUUUCUACAAGAAGGCGUACGUCGAGUACAUGCCCUUGGGUGUGAUCGGGGUAAUCGCACCUUGGAACUACCCCUUCCACAACGUGUACAACCACAUCGUCUCCGGGAUUUUCGCGGGCAACGCUGUCGUCUCCAAGGUCUCCGAGUACACGUGCUGGUCUAGCAGGUACUUUACGGCGAUCAUGGCCGAGGUGCUGAAGGCGUGCGGACACAACCCGGACCUUUGCCUUACCGUUACCGGCUUCGGGGAUGCCGGGGCGGCUCUGGUGGCCUCGCCCAACGUGGACAAGAUUAUCUUCACCGGAUCCCCUGAAGUCGGCCGGAAGGUGAUGGAGGGCUGCUGCAAGACCCUUAAGCCGGUGGUGCUCGAGCUUGGCGGCAAGGACCCCUUCGUCGUAUGCGACGACGUGGACAUCGAGCGCGUGAUGCCGUUCGUCAUGAAGGGCUCGUUCUUCAACGCCGGUCAGAACUGCAUCGGCGUGGAGAGGGUCUACGUGUACGAGAAAGUGUACGAUCGAUUUGUGGCGAGGGUCACCGAGCUUGCGUCAAAGCUCCGCCAGGGGCCGGUGCUGGGGCCAGAAUCGGUCGACUGCGGGGCGAUGGUCAUGCCCGCUCAGCUGGACAUCGUGCAGGAUCUGGUGGAUGAUGCGGUGUCGAAAGGAGGCAAGGUCACCACAGGCGGCUCGAGGAAUAUGGAACACCCGGACGGUCUCUUCUACCUCCCGACGGUUCUGGCGGGAGUGACUCCGGACAUGAAGAUUGCUCAGGAGGAGGUGUUCGGUCCUGUGAUGACGAUCAUGAAGGUGCCCGGCGACAGCGACGAGACAUGCAUCAAGAUGAUCAACUCCAGCAAGUACGGCCUGGCGAGCUCUGUGUUCUCCGGUAGCAGCGCUCGGGCGGUGAGGCUGGGGGAGGCCAUUCGCUGCGGCAUGACGAAUGUCAACGACUUCGGCGUCAACUACCUGGUACAGCCCUCGGGUGACUGGUACGUGUUCUCCGGCAACGAGAUCGGGACCUUGCUCGGGGUGUGGCAGUGGGAGGAGUGGCGGAGGAAGCACGCGGAUGAAGACGCGUCCAACGCGGUUAUGAUCGCCAGCACAGUGUCCUCCAAGAUGCUGUCAGCGGUAGCGAGGUUCGAAGGCUUCACCUUCGAAGAGACGCUGCCGGGCUUCAAGUGGAUGGGGCACCGCGGACAGCAACUGAAGGCGGAAGGCAAGACUAUCCUGUUCGCGUACGAGGAGGCGAUCGGCUUUGGUCCAGGCGACGUGGUUUUCGAGAAGACCCCCUCGGGAAGCAGCGGUAGCUCGGGAAGCAGCGGUAGCGGCAUCGUCAAGGCAGCAGCAGCAACCGUACCGUCGACGAACCUCUCAGACGGCGGCGGCGGCGGCGUUGAGAAGAGCAAGGGGACCCCGUCGGACAUCCCCCCUCCCUCGCCCUCCACCGUGAGGGCGUCGCCCCCUCCUUCUCCCUCCGCGGUCGGCGACUGUUCCUGGGACGGUUCAGCGAACCCUUCCUCGGUUGUUCCCGUGUCGGCGACGGCUGGUGCGACAGCAGUGGAGACGGCGGCGGCGGCGGCGGCGGCGGCGACACCAGGAGCGGCACCGGCAGGGACAGCGCUGGGCGACAACGGCUCCGCCGGAGAGCAGAAGAGCAAGAAGAGCGUUUCGUCUGUCUUGCUGAGGCGUGUGCAGGCCCUGCACAAGCGCUACGGCGAGUUUGCCGAGGAGAACGGCUACGUGCGCUGCGAAGACACGGAGGUGGUGUCCAAGAUAUUCCAACGCCUCCGGGGAAGCGGAAGCUACCGCUCCUCGUUCGGCGGCUACCGAGUCUCGGCCGUCAGGGACCUCGCCGAGGGGCACGGCUUCGACUCGGAGACACCCGACGGCCAGCCUUCGCUCCCCGUGGUUGCCGGAGGUGCCCACUUCCUGACGUUCAAGUUCGAGGAGGAAGGGGUGGUGGCCACGCUGAGGACCAGCGGAACGGAACCCAAGAUUAAGUUCUACCUCGAGAAGCAGGGGCGGCCGGGGGUGCCGUUGGAAGAGGUCUCCGCUCAGCUUUCCGAGCUCGCGGCCGUCUUCCUGGAAGACGCGCUGCAGCUCAAGCGCUGGGGGAUGAAGAGGGUUGCCCUGGCCUGA